AUGUAUCUACUUCCCCUAUUGUUUUUAACUACUCGAGUAGUAGCCGGCACAAUUGAGUUAGCAUCGAGACCGAGUGCAUCCGACAAUGACUCUGCCUAUUCUGAGUCGGCCAGUUCUGCCCUUACACCACUCGGGUAUGCUGCAGCCUUUGUGAACACUGAUGUAUUGGCUAGUGGGGAUGGUUAUAUAGAAGAUUUCACAUUGGUAGACUACGACGUUGACGCGUGUGCGGAACGGUGUAGCGGCAACAAAGAAUGUGUUGCUUUCAAUAUCUACUUCAAGCCGGAUCACCCCGAAACUUCGUCAAACGAUAAGACAGCGGCCAUCGAGUGUGCUCUAUGGUCUAAGCCACUAAGUCUCCCGGACACAGAGAUUGGCAGCGAUGUUGUUGCCGGAAGUAAUGCUUACAAUCAAGAAAAGGCUCUGGCGGGUCCAGGGCCUGGAUCAGUACAGACACUCCCGAUCAAGUUUCCCAGCGUGACGCAACUUGGGGAUACUUAUUAUUCCGUGGAACUGACGUGCGAUGGCCAACGGAUGCCUGUCAUGCUUGAUACAGGCUCCGCUGAUCUGUUUCUUGUAUCCAACGAGUGCCCGAACACCCCCACUAGUGGAUGUUACAACAGCACGCCCUUCGAGAUCCAGCCGACGACAAACAUGCCAGUGAACCAAAGUUUCUUUACAAUUGUUGGGACUGGGCCAGUAUUUGGCAAUCAGUCUAUCUUGGAUGUCCAAUUUGGUACAAAGGACAUUAUUGCAAGAGACUUGGAUGUCGGUCUUGUUUACAACGCUGUGCAGAUGGAGUUUCAGAAUGGAAGCUUUUCUGGAAUACUAGGCAUGGGUCUCCGAAAUGUUUCUCGGCAGUUCUACCAUCUUAAAGAAGGUCGUUUGACGAUAGGUGGCAUCGACAAGGAAGCCUCGAAUGGACGGAAGAUAACAUACAGCGACAUAGUAGACAGCCCCAAUUAUAAUUAUCCAGUGGCCCCUCCAGCACCGCAGCUCUGGUCUAUCACCGUUGAUGGGAUGAGGUUUAACGGCAAAAACAUUUCCCUACCAGCAAGUGGUAUUGUUUCAGGAUCGCCGUAUAUUGCAGCUAUAGACAGUGGGACGUCAUUUAUGGCUGUUGGUGGCGUAGUGUUCGACCAGAUCGCAGACAACAUCAUUGGCCCAUCGCAAUCAUCAGGCCUGGUUGCCUCAUUCGAUUGCUCAACACCACAGCAUUUGGAGAUCAAAAUAAAUGGCCAGUGGAUUGAUAUCAAUCCUCUCGACUUGAUCACUCCAGGAGACUGGUUUAUCCUAAAUGGAACACAAAUGUGUCGAGCUUCUGUCAACGCGCAGAGCCUGUCAUUGGCUGACUCAAUAUUGGGCGUUCCAUUUCUCCGUAACAUUUUGGCAGUUUUUGACUACGUGUCAGAUGAUAUGUACUCCGUUCAACCGAGGGUUGGCAUCGCUCCCUUGACUAAUUGGUCCUUGGCUUUGGAGCAAUAUAAAUUGUCGUACCAGGCGAGAGUUGGCGCACAAAUACCUUUUCCUGGCUUCUAA